AUGACUCCAAAUCAAACCUUUUUGCCAGGUUCUACGCAUGGUAGGAACCCGCAAGUAACCAAGAAGCGUCGACGCGAUGGGGAGAGAGCUCGGGUCACUCGGGCUUGUGAUCGGUGCAAAAAGCGGAAAAUCAAAUGCAAUGGCAGACAGCCAUGUGAAUUCUGCUCCCGGACCAAUGAUAGCUGCACAUUUGAUUCCGUCUAUACAAGAGGUCGGGCGCCUUCCAUUCCGGCGGCGGCCGAGGCUGAGAUUGGAAGCAACUCCAAACCUGGUGAGGACGUGAUGACUCCCAGUGAAAGUCCUGCUGUCUCAAGCCAGCAGUACCUGGCAGUCCCAACCACGGAGGCAAUUCAAGGUUCUGUAGCACUACAGAGCCAGCAUGUUUCAUCAACCUAUCGGGCGCCUUCCGCCUUAGCAUAUGUGGCGACAACAUCACCCAGUUCCCCUGAGCCAUGUCAAGCCAACAUACAAGGCCAUUACAUUGGGCCAGCAUCUGGCUUUUCUUUCUUGCUCAGGGUCCAGAAGCGCUUGGGUCAAGCCAUCUCCUUCUCUCAUCCUAGCAGCAUCUUUACCUUUGGUGAUGCUCCUUUGCAUCCUCCUGAAUUUGAUCCCUCCUUCUGCAUGAUGCUUCCUCGGAGCGAUGCUCAACGUUUGAUAGACCGGUAUUUUGACUUUGCAAUGCCGACGUACCGUUUCCUCCAUCGGCCCACGAUCCAGGAAUGGUUCGAGGAAUUUUAUGAUACCCUUGGAGUCAUGCGCGAUGCGCCUAGUGCUCCAGCCAAGGUUGCUUUGCUCUUCGCAGUGUUUGCGCACGCCAGGGUAUAUAUGCCUGAUAAUGACAGGCCGGGUCCGCCUGAUCUGAGUGCCCGCUACUUCUUAGCUGCCGAGCAUCAACUUGCGAAGGAGAGAGGCUCCAUACGCUUGACUAGUAUCCAAGCGCGUCUGACUCAGUGUUAUUACCUUCUGACCCAGUCUCGCAUCAACCAUUGCUGGAGUUUGUUCGGUACAACGUCGCAUUUGGCACUGGCCAUUGGGUUGAAUCGGAGCAGGCGGCCUGACGCAGCAAGUGGAUUCCACCAGGUGGAAGCCGAAUGCCGCCGACGAACCUUCUGGUGUGCCUACACCCUAGACACAUAUCUCAGCGUCGCUCUGGGCAGACCGCGGUCAUUUCACGACGAGGACAUUGACACAGAGCUCCCGGCAUGUGUCGAGGAUGAAGAACUAACCGCAGACUAUGUUAACACGUCUUCAUUGUUGAAAGUCCAGUCGAUCAUGCUUGCUCCGCUUGCACAUAUGAAACUUGCACGUAUCAUCAGCCGGAUCUUACGCGAUCUUUACUCGAUCAAGGCUAUUUCAGCCAAUCGCCGAGCGGUCUUGACCGAGAGGGUCUCAAAAGACCUGAGUGACUGGCGAGUCGAGUUUGCUCGGUUUCUGGACGCCGAGUACUCCAACACUACCCGCCUCAUUCCAAUCUUCCAGCGGCAACGAAAUGUUCUCAACCUUACCUACUGGCACGCUAUUAUUCUCACUCACCGACCGUUCCUGCUGAAUAACCUUGCACGGCUUUCAGAGCAAAACAGGAGCGUAGAACAGGAAGACCCACAAACCGAGGAGAACGUGCAGCAGUGCCUGAAAGCUGCGAUGAACACUGCGAAUACGAUCGACGAUAUAAGGCAAAACCGUCAAAUGUUUCGCGCCUUUUGGAUUACCGCGUACUUCGCCUUCGCCGCAAACGUUGUACUGUAUAUCUACGUGAUACAGAAACGAUCAUCUCCGCAAGAGGUCUAUAGCGACUUCCUCGCAGCUGCCACCCGGUGCCAAUCCCAUAUCUCGAGCAUUGCCGAGAAAGGAUCGCUGUCCGAGCGCUAUUGCCUCGUGUUGGAGGAAUUGCGCGUCGAAGCCUUCCGCCAAACUGGAAAUACGCACCAACCCAUGCCCGGUCUGGGAGGGAUGGACAGCCACGCUGGCCAUUUAAACCACGCACAAGAGAGUGGAAGCCCAACCCAGUCAUUGUUUGUGGAAGGCAAUGCUAUUUCCACGACCAACUUCACGGACUUGACGGGGAACGCUGUGAUUGACUUCAACGACUUCCUGAGUCCUGCACUUGAGGAGGAUUUAGACUGGGGUCAAUUUGCUUCGAUGGUUUCAUCGGGGGUGGGCAAUUUCGACGCGUUUCUCAAUGACGAUCCAUUCAAGAUCUAA